AGACUAAAUGGCUUCCAGAUCAGAGGAGGAUCUCUGCUGUCCGGUCUGUCAGGAGGUCUUCAGAGAUCCUGUUGUUCUGUCAUGUAGCCACAGCUUCUGUAAAAUCUGUCUGAAGAACUGGUGGAGACAGAAUCCAUUACACGAGUGUCCAGUAUGUAAGAGAAGAUCUUCAAGAGAUGAUCCACCUUUAAACUUGGUGCUGAGGAACCUGUGUGAGUCCUUCUUACAGGAGAGAGAUCAGAGAUCUCCAGAGGCUCUCUGCAGUCUGCACUCUGAGAAACUCAGACUCUUCUGUCUGGACCAUCAGCAGCCAGUGUGUCUCAUCUGCAGAGAUUCACAAAAACACUCCAACCACAGAUUCAGUCCCAUUGAUGAAGCUGCACGACAGCGCAAGAAGAUCCUUCAGGAAACUCUGGAGCCCUUAAAGAAGAAGUUAAAGGUUUAUGAACAAGUUAAAGUGAAGUUUGAUGAAACAGAAAAACACAUCAAGGUCCAGGCCCGACACACAGAGAGGCAGAUUAAGGAGCAGUUCAAGAAGCUUCACCAGUUUCUAGCAGAGGAAGAGGAGGCCAGGAUGGCUGCACUGAGGGAGGAAGAGGAGCAGAAGAGUCAGAUGAUGAAGGAGAAAAUGGAGGCUCUGAGCAGAGAGAUAGCAGCUCUUUCAGACACAGUCAGAGCCACAGAGGAGGAGCUGAGAGCUGAAGACGUCUCAUUCCUCAACAACUACAAGGCUGCAGUGGAAAGAGUCCAGUGCUGCCCCCUGCUAGAUGAUCCACAGCUGCCCUCAGGAGCUCUGAUAGACCAGGCCAAACAUCUGGGCAACCUGGCCUUCAACAUCUGGAACAACAUGAAGGACCUGGUCUCCUACACUCCUGUCAUUCUGGAUCCAAACACUGCUGGAACAGCAAUGAUUCUGUCUGAAGAUCUGACCAGUGUGAGAGGAGGAAAUAAACAACAACUUCCCGAUAAUCCAGAGCGGAUUAAUUAUAACUGGUCUGUCCUGGGCUCUGAGGGCUUUAACUCAGGGACUCACAGCUGGGAUGUUGAGGUUGGAGAUAACACAUUCUGGAUAUUGGGCGUGUCAGCAGAGUCUGUCCAGAGGAAGGGAUACAUACUAUCUGGACUGUGGGGAAUAAGGUUCAAAGGAGGUAAAUACUCAACAUGUUCACCAGCUCCUUCCACUGUUCUCUCAGUAAAGAAGAAGCUCCAGAGGAUCAGAGUGAAUCUGGACUGGAACAGAGGAAAUCUGUCCUUCUCUGAUCUUGAUACUAACACACACAUACACACCUUCACACACACUUUCACUGAGAGGAUGUUUCCAUUCAUUGGAACCGAGGAUAAACUUUCAGUGAAGAUUUUACCAGUGAAUCAGAUCAGUUAGAGACUCACUUAGAUGUAAUAUUAGUUCAUUAACAAAGUUUAAGUGUAAUAUUUCUGUUUCAUGUUGUUUGGGUACUUUCAGGAAUUUGAAUCAUUUUUAUGUAGAAACAUAGAACCUUCAGAUUACAAAUUAUUUUGAGGCUGAAUGUUAAAUCUUUUCACUGAUUCCAUUGAUAAUAAACUCUAUAAACUCUGAUGUAGACGUAGAUGUGAACCAGUUCAUCAGACUAAAUGGUUCAUGACUAAACUUAUGAACAUCCCUGAAUGAUGAAACCAGGGCAUGAACACACAUUCUCAACUAAAGUUAUUAAACUUCUCAUUAGAAACCUUAAUUCAAUUAAGUUGAACCCGUGAAACCGAUGACGCUAAUGAGCAUUAAAGAGCUGCUUUCAUUUUUCACUCAUUCACGUGUCUCUGAUCAUCUUUCUUUAACUCCCGUUCAUACCCCUUGGGUCAUUAUACCUCUGGGAGUUAUUUGGUCCUUAAUCUAAUGUUGAGGCAGAAGAAGAGAUAUGGAUCAGGGUUCUGGUUAUGGAUCAGGGUUAAGGUUACAGGAUAGGUGCCAGGGUUUGGCGUUUUGUUCAUAACCCCAACCCUGUUGAGCAGCAUCCAGUUUUUGUUCUUGUUUUUGUAUAAAUGUGCUCCCGUGAAACAUUCACCAUCCUGCUCCCACCUGGUUAUUUUCAUGUUCCACUCCUUUACCACCAGAUCCUCACAUUUAUAAUGUGAUUUUUCACCAUCCAUUCCUCAGGAAAAUUAAACCUGGACCUGGAGUCUAUUUUUAUAGUGUCAAAUAACAAAGAUUAAAGUCUUCAUUAUCUACCAACAUUAUAUCAACCACCUAAAAUGACAGAAACCAUCUUUGUUGGGGCUUCCACUGUAUUUUCUUUUACAGUGUAUGGUCCAACAUGGAACCUUUCAAAGGACUGGUGCCGACAUCUGUUUACAAAAGUGCAUUUCAAAAAAACUUUGCAAUUUGUCAUUUGUGUGAUUAUUUCUAAGGUGAUGAUGAAACAGUUUCCUAGGGCCCCAACAGACUGUAGAAUCUCCUCCAUGAAUAUCCAAGUUUCAGAGCUCAUGGUAGUCCCUCCACCAGCCUGAAUAAUGUAAUGUGUGAUAUUUGUCUGUGUGUAUACUGUGUAGAUGCCCUAAAAUGUAAAUGUCAAGCUGUCUGGGGGAAACACAGCCUCGGCUGAUGGACUGCAUCGCUCUCUAGCAGCAGGUUUUAGUUCCUCUGUUGCCUGUGAAAUAUAUUUGGAAUGAGAAUUUGUUGUAGAGCGAGAGGUGAAACCAAUAGAUUUUCAGACGUAGCUGUGAUAUUGAGCAAAUAGGUGAUUCAGAGAUUCACGCUGACAUUCAAACACGGCGAGACAAGAGAGACGGGACUCGAGGAAUAAAAAGCGUGUAGAGCUCAAUAAUUUAAUAAAAGAGGAACAGACCUGAGCUGGUUUGAUUCUUUGAUCCAGUGUUUCCCUCUGGCUGCUGUUUGUCUUUAUCCAGGUUCAGAACAAACUGGUGAAAAGGUCCAGGUCUAAUGUCUCCUGGAGGAAUCUGGUGAAUGUUCAGUGAUUUAAAUCAGUCUGGAGCUGGUGGAGGAUGAAUUCCUUCUGUACUUUGGAGAAGAUGAACCAUUUGAUCAUUUCACCAUUUGGUUAAUAAUGAUUUAUACAUUCAAGACAUUGUUAGUUUCAAAGGUUUAAUCUUUUUUUUGUCACUUAAAAUUAUUUAGACAUUUUUAGGUAAUGUGAGAACAUUUCCAUCAUGUUUAAUGGUAAUAAUUCAUGCAGCAGAGAGUUAAACAUCACCUAGUGCUGGAUGACGUGAACUUUAAAAGAUUUUUAACUACAUUGAAAAUUUAAUGACUGAUACAAGAGUGGAAAAAACAGCAGCAGUUAUUUCAGCAAGAAAAAAACAAAUAAAUAACUCAACCUGUCCCCUCUAAAGGAAUUAUGACGAAAAGUGACUUUGGAUCCACAUCGGAAGGAGGUGGGUUCAUGUUAUAAAGACUGGUAUCUGUAAUCCAACAUAUCUUCUAUAAGUUUUAUUUGCAGCCUCUGAGCUCCACUCCUGGCUACUUUUAUUUUUAUAAAAUAGGAUUACAGCCUGAAAUACCUCCAUUUUCUUUUAGGAUUUGAAGCAAAGCAUCUAUAUAAAAUACAGGAGACUAUCGUCGGCAUAUUCAAACAUUUUUUAUUUGCUUUAAUCCGUCUCUAUGAAUGUGUUGCUGUUGUGGCCCGGAGCAUUUCUACCACCCACUGCCUCUGCUCCUCUUUAUCUGUGGACAUGUUCUGGUUAAAUCUGUGGUUGCUUUGCUGUUACUUUCUGCCGCUGUACAUUUUUAUGCACAAUUAUAUAUUUAAUAAGUAAAUCUUAUAAAACUCAGAAAUGUUUUACACUAAUAAGAUAAAAGAAACAAGUUUUAAGUUUAAUCACAAACUGAACCUCAUCCCAAUAAAAAUGCAUCUCCAAAAAUAAUUCACCAAUGUGCCCUGGAUGUAAAACCGAAGAAGGAACAUUUAUGCAUUUACUUUGUUUUAUUGUGAAUCAUUAAAACCUUUCUGGGCUUCAGUUCAUCUUUUUACCAAAUCAGUUUUACAAUGAGAGUUUGGUUUAAAUCCAUGUUUUAAUUUACGUACCUGGCUUCUAUUUAGACAAAAAAAUAAAUGGAGAUUUCUAAUAAUUAUUUCAUAUUAUGCAAAAAUCAUGUAUCGAAAGCUGAAUUACCUCCUUUGUUUAAGUUGUUUGUCGACCACCUUACAAAAUGUUUCCCUUAGAGAGAGUCACAUAUAAAAAAUAUGGUGGGGAAAAGUUUUUUGUCAUAGGAGCCUUUACUUUCCCAUCUUAAUGAGCUAUGAUAAUGAUUGUGAUUUUAGUUCAGAGUUAAAGUUAUGAGUAGUUAAAGUUGUUUGCUGAGUGAUUGAUUGAAGGGUUGUUUUACUGCUUUGUUAUGUUUUUGUUUAUUAUCUGUUUUUCUUUUUUGUUUCCUUUUUAUUGGCAGAGGGUCCACCUGGUGGCUGUGGAAAGUGUGUAUAUAUAUAGUGUGUGUGUGUGCAUAUGUACCUAUAAUCCACAUACAUUAAUAAAAAAGAAUUAAGAAAAAGAAA